AUGUUUGUCGCGCAAAGCGAACUCAGUGCAUUGGUAGAGUCAAUUAUUAAAACGGCACCGCAUCUGGAUAUGAAGAGUUUAUUAGAGAGACUGGAAAGAUGGAUGCAUUUCGGAUUGAAACAGGAAAAUGCCAGAUUUAUAAGAAGCAGUUUAGAAAAAGUUUUCCCCCAUUGUUAUUUGUCACGGACAAAUCAGAUUUCGGGCAAUGAUUCACACGAACCUGCCGUAUGGGCGUCGCUACUUGCUGCUUACCUGGAUGCGAAAGCUUGGGAUUGUUCCGAGCUUUGCGCUAAGGAUGCUAUUUGGUGUGAGUUAAAUCUGAUUGAGACUCCAGUAUAUCUGAUCGACGUGGUGCUUCAGAUGAACACGGAAAACGUGCAGAGGGAAUUUCUCGUCGCAGUUGUAUCGCGAAUUUUUUCACUUCCCCCCGCCUCCUUUAGCGAAGCCAUGAAUGCAGUCAGGUUGUUCAUGUUCCACAAAUGGUUAGACAAAGAAGCACCACACAUUGUCAAGCCCACCAUCAAGGCGAUUAUCCAAACAUACAUCAAUACAGAGACUUUUCUGAAGUGGAUGGGUCAACAGGGGAUUUUCCAAAAGCUGGGUGAAUCUUCAGAGGAAUCCAUCACCAACUUUUUCGAAGCCUUCGACUUGGUGGAGUUGGCAUCUUUUCUCGCUCCUCACCAUGAUAGUAUUAUUGGAGCGGAUGUUUCACUGAAACCACGCCCCAAAAAGCGGCGUCUUGUUGAGAGAAGCUUCAAUGGGUUCCCUGAUCAGUUGGAUUAUUCGAUCAAGUUUAGCACGAAAUCAGAAUAUUCACCAGUGGCCUCUCUUUCUCCGAAUGCGAAAAAAUCCGAAUUUAAUCAGUCUUCAAUGAACCCAAAACUUCUCAACAGAAUAACUACAGAUGGGACAAAUUCUGUCGUUCAGCCUGAAGAUGUGAUCAAAUUUCACUCUGAUCAGUCAGGCCAGUCGUGCUCUGAGAAUGGACAUAUUAUCGAACCGUUAGAAAUUGUGCCAGAUAACUUGAAAUUACUGAAUUCACUUCAUGCCAAUAUGAACUACAAUUCACAGAAUGCUCAUGGUAGCUUCCGCCAAUCUGAUGGCUCGCAAGAUUUAAUCCCAGCAGCAAAUAUUGACUUGACGGUGAUGACUACUACAGAGAACUCCUUGGCACCAUUAACCGGAACGCCUCUGUUAAGAAGAGGUUCACCGCCAGUUUCACAAACGUGUCGUUUUGCAACUAGAAAGCGAAGGCACUCAAACGAACUCCAGGACAUGAGUGACAGUUACCUGGAAACAGACAGUUGUCUUCAGACUCCUAAGACACGUAAAUCAGCUAAACGAAGAGCCUCAGACUCCGCAUCAAAGGUUCAAAUGGGAAAAGGUCGAUAUUUCCUACGUGAGAGGACUUCUGUAACUUGA